GUUGCUCCAUGACAAAUUCUCACAUAUUUUUCCUGUAUCUGACUUCAACAUUGUUCUUUUUCUCUCUGUAGAAUCAAACAUGUCGGCUAAUUCCUCCUCCAACUCUUCCCUCAAACCUCCAACUGACGAUUGCUUGGAGAUCACGAACAGCCUCUUUAUGUCUACAGCUCUCUGUCUCGCCUAUCUCCUCCUCCUCCCUCUCUUCAUCCUCGUCCUCUACAUGGGCUACCGCCGGCGGAGGAAACGCCCCGCUGCCUCGGCAACGAGUCACUCGGACGUCUUCACCUUUCAUAUGGUUUCCCUGGAGCUGAUCAGUUUCCUGGGCUCUUGCUUCUACAGUUACGGCGUCUACACUUCUCAAGAUGUGAUGACCGUGUUGGGAGGGAAAGCAUUCAGCAUCAUCUCACCUGGGCAGACUCUGUUUCACCUCCUCACCUGUGUGGAGCGCUACCUGGCUGUGGUUCACCCGGUCACCUACCUGGGGCUGAGACAGGCUGGCGGGGUCCGGAUCAGGAACAUCUGCAUCGGGUGUGUUUGGCUGAUGAGCUUUGCUACAGUGGGACUAGCAAUGUAUAGAAACUUCGCCACAGUCCCAUAUUUCUUGUUCUUUGGCGUCUGUUUUCUUGUUGUCUCUUUUCUCAGCAUUUCUGUUCUCUGUGUUCUGAUUCGUCCAGGGCCGGGGGAGGUGGGCGGGAACAGGGACCACAUUGACCAAUCAAAGCAGAGGGCUUUCUACACCAUAUUGGCUAUCAUGGGAACUCUGUUCGCGAGGUUCUUGAGUGCCCUGGUUUUUGGUGGGCUGUCUUUUACAUCAGUACUUAACAUCUGUGAUAAACGUUUUAUAAUGUGGUCUACAGCCUGGUUCUAUCUGCCCAGCAGUCUGGUGUUACCUCUGCUGUUCCUGCACAGAGCAGGAAAACUACCAGGCUGCAAACACAACACUGAAUCAGUUUAGUCCGUGUUCGCCGGUUUGAAUCCCAGGACUGA